AUACGAAGUAAAUUACAUCACGAAAACUUCCUACAUAAAAGGAUUCACAUCGGCACUCGCAGUUUUCACAGAACGGUUCAUUCUUUACCUCAUCGUUGUGGUAAAUCUCUUCUUAGGCAAGCUACCUACAAGCGACGUAAUUUUCUCCAUGGCUCAAUUGAUCAAUACCAUCCAGUUGUAUAUGUGUAUAUUUUUUCCCGCCGCUCUAGCAGCCUACUCCGAAGCUAAAGUAUCGGUGAAGCGGCUAGAAAACUUUUUGCUUCUCGAAGAGAGGAAUCUCGUAUUGACAGAUAGUACCGAAGAUGUGAAGGAACCAGGACUGGUAGAAAUCAAAAACGCCAAUGCCAGUUGGAUGUCCGAACCAAUCGUCGAUACUUUGGUAGAUAUAAACUUGAAAAUACCUCCUGGGACACUGUGUUGUGUAGUGGGGAACGUUGGAUCCGGAAAGAGUUCUUUGCUUCACUUGCUUCUCAAAGAAAUGCCUUUGAAGAAGGGGUCCAUAGAAGUGAAAGGACACGUGUCAUAUGCUUCUCAAGAACCGUGGCUGUUUGUCUCCAAUGUGCGAAACAACAUCCUUUUUGGACAGCCCUACCUGAAGAACAGAUAUGACGAAGUGGUAGAUGUGUGCGCUCUUGAAAAAGAUUUCAAACAAUUUCCCUUUGCCGAUAAAACAAUGGUGGGUGAAAGAGGGGUUUCUCUAAGUGGUGGACAAAGGGCUAGGAUCAAUUUAGCCAGAGCGGUAUACACUGAAGCGGAUAUUUACCUUUUUGACGACCCACUUUCAGCCGUUGAUACGCAUGUUAGUAAACAUCUUUUCGAAAAAUGUAUCAAAAACUACUUAUGCAAAAAAACUCGAAUACUAGUCACUCACCAGUUGCAAUACUUGAAGGAAGCUGAUAUGAUUAUCUUUCUGAAUAAUGGCAAGAUCGAAAAAGUAGGAACUUUUUCUGAAUUAUCAGAAAGUGUACUUAGAGAUUUCGAAAGGCAAGAAUCGAAGAAUGACAAUGAAAAAGACGAACAAGAAAAAUAUCAAAGAGAAAGAAUCAAGUCGAUAGUUUCCAUCGCGAGCUCGGGAAAAGAAAUUGAAGAAGAAGAACCAGAAGAAACCCACGAACUGUUAGAGAAAGGAAGCUUAUCUGGUGCUUUGUACUUGGAAUACUUCAAAAGUGGAUCUGGCAUACCUUUUCUAUUGUUUUUGGUUAUUCUUUCAUUUGUUUCUCAAGCAUUUUGCAAUUUUUGUGAUUUGUGGGUCACUCACUGGACUAAUAUGGAGAAAAUAAGAUUUUCGAACAUUGAUAAUUUCACUAACAUCGCCCAAUUUUUGAUUAAUGACAAUGAGACAUCUGGGAUUUCAACUCCAACCGAAGGACUUACUUUCAGUAUUACAAAUGAAAGUAAUACAUUUGAUGCCCAAGACGAUUUACCAAAACCAGAGAGCUAUGCAAUUAUUUAUACAAUUUUCAUAGUCGGAUCCAUUGUAUUGUCAACAGCAAGAGCCAUCGUAUUCUACAAAGUAUGCAUGAACUCUUCCAAAGGACUCCACAACAGGAUGUUUGCUAAUGUUUUGAAGGCCCCUAUGAGAUUCUUUGAUACUAAUCCUUCAGGAAGAAUAUUGAAUCGAUUCUCAAAAGACAUCGGGGCAGUAGAUGAAAUUUUGCCUAACGCAAUGUAUGAUGUUGUUCAAGUAUUUCUGGUUAUGGGAGGUAUUCUAGCAUUGAACUUCAUUGUGACCCCAUGGAUGAUUAUACCUGCUGUUGUUCUUGGAUCUCUCUUUUAUUAUUUGAGAGUAGUUUACUUAUCCACUGCUCAAAACGUUAAGAGACUUGAAGCCGCUACGCGAGCCCCUGUGUUCUCACAUAUUUCUGCUACUUUAUAUGGAAUUUCAACAAUCAGAUCUUCUAAUGCUCAAGAUAUGGUCACUCAAGAAUUUGACAGUCUACAGGAUCAACACACUGGUAGUUCAUACCUGUUCCAAGCUUGUAGUGAAGCUUUCGGGUUUUAUCUGGAUUGUAUCAGUACUGCGUUUUUGGCUCUCGUUACUUUUCAGUUUCUCAUAGGAAAUGACAAUGUGAAUAGCGCAGAAGUAGGUUUGGUGAUUUCAAGUAGUCUGAUUUUAACGGGUAUGCUCCAAGUGGGUGUAAGACAAUCAGCUGAGGUUGCUUCCAAUAUGACAAGCGUAGAAAGACUGGUUCAAUAUGUUAAGUUGAAAACUGAAGAUGACUUGAGAAAACCUCCAACCAAAAAACCAACUGAUUGGCCAUCAAGGGGAAAAAUUGUUUUUGCAAACACUUACUUAAGAUACGCCUUAGAAGAGCUACCAGUAUUGAAGGAUUUGAAUAUCUCAAUAGAGCCUGGAGAGAAAGUUGGCAUAGUAGGCAGAACUGGGGCAGGAAAAUCAACACUAAUUGCCUCGUUAUUUAGAUUAGCACCAAUUGAAGGAACAAUCGCCAUAGACGAUGUUGAUACAGCUGAUAUCAGUUUAGAACAACUCAGGUCCAAUAUUUCGAUUAUCCCACAAGAACCCAUUUUAUUUUCCUCCACUAUACGAUAUAACUUGGAUCCAUUCGAUAAAGCAAGCGAUGGAGACGUCUGGCAAGCUCUAGCCGAUGUUGAGCUGAAGAACUCAAUCGAUAGUCUCAAUCAACAGGUUAGUGAAGGCGGUUCAAAUUUCAGUGCAGGUCAAAGGCAAUUGAUUUGCUUGGCUCGCGCCAUUUUGAGAAAUAACAAGGUUUUGGUAAUGGAUGAAGCUACAGCCAACGUUGACCCUAAUACGGAUUCGCUUAUCCAAAAGACCAUUCGAGAAAAAUUCAAAAAUUGCACAGUACUAACCAUCGCUCACAGAUUAAACACCAUAAUGGACUCUGACAAAGUUCUUGUGAUGGACGCAGGAGUGGCUGUAGAAUAUGCACCUCCACAUGAGUUAUUGCAGAAUUCUGAGGGAUACUUUUCAAAAAUGGUGGAGCAGACAGGAACGCAGAUGGCAACACGUUUGAGAGAGGAAGCAUUUAAGGCUUAUCGAAAAACUGUUGCAGAGUCGUCGAACAGUUAGAAUAUUUUUGAAAUCUAAAACGAUAUUCUUGUUGAUAUUUUUGAUUAAAUAAUAUGUCCUGUUUCAACGAUUCA